AUGCCUGGGUUUUAUGAAGAAAGAGAUAUGGAUGAUCACCUAAUGUCUUAUUCGCAAAUGAAUAGAGAUCAUUUGCGACAUGGCCUUUGUUAUUUGUAUUAUAGGAAGAAAGUAAACGGAGAAGAAGAAGAAGAUGUUAUUCAAUCUAUUCGUGAAUUUCGUGAUGGUAAGGAUAUUAUUACACGGCGAGCGUUUUUACAAGAUAAGAUGACGGUGUACGAUGAUAAUGGAAAUGUUAUUUAUGAAGGAGGGUUUGAAAACGACCCUACCAAAGGAUAUGGACGAUCGGGUCAGGGAACGGAGUAUUAUGUUGAUGGAAAUAAGGAUUUACUUUACAAGGGUGACUUUGCCAAUGAUAAGUUCCAUGGGAAGGGAAGGAUUUUUGUAAAUGGAUAUGUAUAUUCCGAGGGUCACUACAAGAAUGGCAUGCUUCAUGGGUCUUGUUUAAUAAAGAAAAAAGGGGAAACAAAGAGGAUUCGAUACUAUUAUCAUAACCACAACAUUAUUUGUUUCCUUUUUUGCCUCUUGAUUUUGAUACUAGCGAUAUGUGCUUGUAUUGGAUUUCUUGUUGAUGUCUUCUUUUUCCGUACAGUGAGGAUCAAGACUGUGGAUGAUCUGCUCAAUUUAAGUCCUCGAACCUUAUUUUUAAUAGCCAAACCGAAUUGUUGUACUAGUUAUGGAUCAAAUGAGUUCAUCGUUACGGAUCACUCUCAAUUGAGACUGAUUCGAAUUGAUGCAAAUAAUUUCCAGAAUGUUACUUAUUUUGAGGUUGGGGCAAUUCCUUCUUUGGAAAGACUGGCCAUUGGGGACAUGUCUUUUGGGAUGGAUUCACAACCUCAGAGCGUUAUCCCUAACGAUCUUUCCUUUUCCGUUUUUAACUGUUCUUCACUCCAAUCGAUUACUAUAGGAAAGAAUAGUUUUGUAGGUUUCCUCCAAUUUGACAUCAGUUCUCUCCCAUCUCUACAGUCAAUCUACAUAGGAGACACUACACAGCAGUCGAAUAACUUUAUGAACGCUCCUCUGAAACUGUUUGACCUUCCUAAUUUGAUCACACUCGACUUGGGCAUGUAUUCCUUUAUGAAUGCGCCCGCGGUUGAAAUUGACAAUUUGGCGGCCCUCGAUUCCAUUUCUCUUGGAUUAAAAUCCUGUAUGGGAGAUGCGUCGGAGAGCAGUUUGGUCUUGAGAGAUCUCCCAUCUUUGAAGACGUUGACAUCUUCGGGCUAUAGUUUUAUGAAUCAGCAACACAUUGUGUUGAUGAAUAUCCCCAACUUAACAAAGGUGUCUCUACCAAGUGCUUUCUCAAACAGAGAAAGUGUGGAGACUGAAAUGUGA